GCUGAUUGGCUGCGUCAGUGCGAACUGUUUUGUUGAUAAAUAACUUUGAUGGAUUGAUUAUUUUUCAAGAGGAGCCUCGAAAUAUACACGUCCUGCAAACAGUAUCGGUAAAAUUGCGCUUAAACAGCAGAAUGUAAACAGGAAAACAUGUUUAGUGACUACAACCGAAGAGUUCUCGGAUAGCAAAAGUUGUUGAAUCUGUCAGCCUUCAUGUCGGAAAGGCCUCUCGAUGCACUAUGACAUGGUAUUUUCGCGUUUCAGAUGUGCGCACUUGACGUCUAGGCGAUUACGACAGACUGCAUUGUUCGUGGUAUGUAAAUGGUCGUGCACGCUGUUGACUUUGCCCAGGGUUGGAACUGUUUUGUAAGGUGCUGUCACCCGAACUUGAAAAGUAAAGGAGGACGUCAAUACCAUAUUGCAACAGUAACAUUUCCUGUGACUGAGGAAUGACUGAAUUUUUAAAUAUUUACACCACCUUUAUACUGCAGUAUAAAAGCAAGAGGGGAGGUGGCGCUUCUAGACCCCACAACAUAGUGCUUGUGCUCUGCUCUGCAAAAUCUUUUAUUUUUUACAUCCGGCCUGGUUAUUAGCUAACUUUAAACUGAACUGCUGAAUGCCUCAGGUUUUUGCUUGUCUUAUAGUCUCACACAAUUGCCAUGAGUCUUUCUCCACACCAGAGUGGAACCAUAAACAGUAUUAGCAAGCAGAAUGUUGAAGCCAUUGGGGAAACCAUGCAGCAUUCAGGGGAUCUCUUCUACAAUGUGGGUACUCAGUCCUUGGAGCAAACUCACAGCAGCCCAGAGGUUUUGGUGGAUUCUAGCCCUGAAGUCCAGGGCCUUUACAAAUCUGAUAAAGCCUAUCAGGUCCGGGGCCAUUUUCAGCAAUCGGGACCAGUAAACUGGGUGCCUCAAAACCCAAUGCAGACGGCGACUUGGAUUCAGGGUGUCCCGAACAUGAACAAGUGGUCACAGAACUUUGGCCCUUCUCUAGGUGGUAUAGAUGACCCAAGAGGCUUUCACAAAAGUCAUGAAAUGGAGGCUGUAAAGCUGGAGAAGCAUUCACCAAGUUCAUCACAGUCCUACACAGACACUGUUCACGUUCCCGGGGCAGACUGGGACCAUCACACGAUGGCUGCCAUGCAUCAUACUCAAUUUAAUGCGCUCCAACAAAGUCACAGACCAGCAGACCUCCAGUAUCAGCCACAGGGAAUGCAUCACGAUGUGUCCGACUCCACUUUGCAACCCUUUCAGUUGGCAUUCGGACCUACCCAGCAACCACAGGCACCUGGUUUCCAACAAGUCUUCCAAGGCAACAAUGUGCCUUUAAAUAUGAAUUAUAAUGAGAAACCGAAAUCGCAACAGCAACUCUUGCAGUUGCAACAGCAGCAGCAGCAGCUUCAUCGUCAGCACCAGAUGCAACAGUUACAGCAAAUGCAUCAGUUGCAGCAGCAGAAACAACAACAACAACAACAGCAGCAGCAUCAGAUGCAACAGCAGCAACGUCUGCAGCAAAUGCAACAGCAAUACCAACAACAGAAACAUCUGCAACAGAUGCAGCAGCAACAGCAUGCACGAGAGACUACAGAAAAGCAGAGAGUCAGACAAGAUGUUGAGUCACAAGAUCUUGCCAGCGCUCGGGCAAAAACAGAACUGAGCCAUACCCAGCUCAUAGUCCCUCAACCACAACAUCCUGUUCCUCAGGAAGCAAAUUAUCAGGAGUCUGGAUCUGCAGAGGACACUCCAGAACUCCAGGAGACCCCAAAAAAACGCCAGGUCCUCCCUCGCCGCUCUCGACGACUCUCCAAAGAUGGAAUCUCUCCUCAAGGCAACCAGACAUCAAAUGACAAGGUUUCUUCCCAGAAUGGAGGAGGUGGUGUAGUCCAAGAACCUGCGGUAGGGGUCAUCCAAAGCACUCCGAGACGACGGAGGGCCUCAAAGGAGAUCAACCUUGAGACUCUUGCUCAAAAGGCUUCAGAGAUGGAUUUUUUGCCAGCAAAGUGUGAGGAUGUUACCCCUGGUAAACCAGCUGGGAUGGCACCACUAGUCAUCCCAGUCUCGGUCCCAGUUCGGAGAGGUCAAACUCAAAUGGAAGCACCGGGCAGCUGGACACCGCUGGAUAGUGUUCGGCAUCCCUCAGAGAUUUCACAUCCGCAGAGCCAGCCUGAUUGUAAACCCUCUGUUAUUGUAGCACACCGGCACUCAAUAAAGAACUCAGCAGCCGAGAGCUUCAUCCAGGGUAAAGGACAUGAGGACAAAUCCAGGCGCCGUCCACGUCCCGAGCCUCUGGUCAUACCUCAACCGUACCCUUUCAUCGCCCCUUCUGUUUACUCCAGCAUCACUCCGUACCAGAGCAAUCUGCGCUCCCCUGUACGCCUGCUGGACCAUGCCAGUAUCAUCCCGCCGUACACCCCUCCACCCAUUCUUUCACCAGUGCGUGAAGGCUCUGGGCUCUACUUCUCUGCUGUCCUCUCUUCUAUGGCAGCGGGCAGCCAGGUCCUGCCACCUCCAUUCACUCCCCGCAGCGCUGCUCGAAGCUUGCUACGUUCAAGCAGUUCUGAAAUCAGCCCUCCUGCACUCUCAGUGAUUGGAGAAGCAGCGCCUGUCAGCCUAGAACCACGCAUAAACAUCGGCUCUCAGUAUCAGGCAGAAAUUCCAGAACUGUUGGAUCGAACACUGGCCCUAAAGGACCAGCAUAAAGCCACUUUGGUCUGGCUUCCUAAAUCAGAGGCUGAUUCUACGCCCUCCCAGGAUACGAGACUUGAUGACCUGAUGAUCCUGGUCUGCUCCAGUGCCGUGUAUGGAGGAGGAACCAACCCGGAGCUAGCGCUACACUGCCUGCACGAGUGCAGAGGGGAUGUCAUGGAAGCUCUGGAAAUGAUGUUGAUGAAGAAUCCCAUCUUCUCCAAGAACCACCAUCUGGCGAACUACCACUAUGCAGGAUCAGACUACUGGACUGUGGAUGAAAAACAAUACUUCAACAAGGGAAUUUCUGCUCACAGGAAAGAUUUCUUCUUGGUGCAGAAACUGGUGAGGAGUAAAACAGUGGCACAGUGUGUGGAGUUCUACUACACCUAUAAGAAACAAGUAAAGAUUGGCCGUAAUGGUACAUAUACAUAUGGACCUUCAGACCCAGAGGAUAACAUCUCUUUGAUUCAUGUGAAACAAGCAGAGGAAGAAAAUAAUAGUAGACAACAGGAGGGAACACAAGACAAUGUGGAUAGCAGUCUACAAGAUGUGACCAAGGCAAUUCAAGACAAUUUGAAUGAGAGGGCAGCAGUGGCUCAUGAGGAGCAGAAGAACAGCUCUGUGGAAGUGUCUUCAGGCCUGAUGCCAGUGGCUCAGCCCCACUUCAAAACACCUUCCCCUGCACCUCCGAAACCUCACCCUGACAAUACUGCGAAGAAAAACAGAGCCUCAACUGGCAGCAAGAGUCAGGGAGAGCCAGAGGGUGUUUUCCCUUGCAAGAAGUGCAGUAGAGUGUUCUAUAAGGUGAAGAGCCGCAGUGCUCACAUGAAGAGUCACGCCGAGCAGGAGAGGAAGGCAGCAGCACAGUGCCUAAGAGAAGAGGAGGAGCGGGCCGCGAAGGCAAGGCAGGAGAUGCUCGAGGCAGCAAGGAGGAAGGAGGCAGAAAGAGGAGGGCAAGAAGAGAGCAGCGGAGCUGAGGAAAGCUCAUUAGAGCUGGAUGAUGAGCAGGAUGAGGACUGGCAUUGAGCAAAUACAUGACUCUUUUAGUACUCCUCAUUAGUACCAAUCUGUACCAAAAAUGUGUCCAAAAAAAGUAGGUUAUGAUGUUUAAAAUUAUAAAGGUGUCUGAAAUGCCUUUUUUAUUUUUACCAAAAUUUUAUAAGAACUUUCCUUUGGUAUAUAUAUUUUUUAUAUUUGAAUAUAUGACAUAUGAUAAAUAUGAUAACAAAUGUAAAAAAAGUUUGCUGAGCUAAUUGUUGAGAUUUUCUAGAAGCGUAUACCCUUUCACUUUGAUUUUGAUCAAAGUACCCAAACAAAUUUUGAUUGCCUUCAAUGAGAUUGUAUUAUUAUUGUUCUUUUUUUUUUUUACAUGUUUAUGUAAUAUACAAAAUAUGUACUUAAGAACACAAUUAAAAAUUCCCCUCAUCUAUCUAUAGAUAAUUCACUUCACUAUUUCUUGUGCAUGAAAUGUAUAUAAUGCAUAGAAAUAUAUAUGUUGACCUUUGUGUAUUAUAUUGUGUACAAUAUUGAUCCUGUCGGUUUUUUUUCUUCUUUACUCUAAACAUAAAAGAAUGUGUAUUUAUGUUUUGAAUACACUUUAAGGGGAGUGGGAUAUGUAGAAUUAAGGGAUUUUUUAUGAAAGCUCGCAUGUAAAUAAAAUCUGUUUAGAAAAGCACAACAAAAACAUUUUCAAUAUAUUUCAUCACAUUUUUCACACUCUUUUGACUAUUGUGGCCAUGCUUGAUAUUUGCUUUAUUUCAAAAAUGUGUGCACAAUAAAAACAAACUUCCA